AUGUCCGAACAUCCUGCAGACCUUCUUGCUUUUGGCCCCAGUUCUUUACAGAUUGGGAGAGAACUCAAAAUCUCGGAGGCUUCCUCAAUCUUCGAGGUAGAGCUCCACGAGCAUCGCUAUGCAAUGAAAGUGUUCCACGACAACAGUGACCCAGGGCUUACAGAAAAGGGCCGUAACUUGAACCGUUUUCGCUGCGAGUUGAACGCUUACAGAAAUCUCCAGUUGUUCCAACCCCAUCUGAGUCAUUUUAUGAAUGACAGCCAUGGUCCAACGGCCAUUUUGCCCGAACAUCUACAUGAUCCUGAAGAGCUUAACUCCGCGAUUGUUGGACUGAGGGGAAUCCACGGCGCUUUAAUUCACCACCGCGAUGUCUACCCAAAGAACAUUCUGAUUAUCCGUGGACCCCCGGAGAGAGUCGUUUGGAAAGAUUUCGAUGUUGCAGUGACUUUCGAUUCAAUGGAGUCAAUGGAGCAUCAGGACGAGGAAUACUGCAGCUUCGAAAUCGAGCUUAAGGAGGACCAACGCCAGGGUUUUCUCCCAAAUACGAAAUAUUAUUAA